GAGGACGAAGCGAUGCUGCAUCAAAUUCUAUCAACACACUCCCUAAGAUCCCUUCAACGGUGAUCUCGUCAAAAUAAGCUCCAAGCAACGAGGUGGGGUGCAACAUUCGUUAGGAACCUUAGGGCUGGGCCUCGAGGGUAAAAAUCGUGCUGUUGCAAGAAGUGUCCCAAAGGCGUAUUUAACCCCCAUCUUCCUCGCAUCAUGCAAAGUGUCUGCACAAUAUAUUAACCUGUACAACUUCCAUGUCUUCAUGUUAACACAUUUACACUCCUUCUAGCGUCAUGGGUGCAACCGGCAGUGGCAAAUCCACGGUAUGCACAUUCUCUUUGACCUUCCCGUUGGUGAUGAACUCGUCAACGAGCACAAGCCCAUCGAGAAAACCGUUGCGGGCUCUGAGCUCAGACGCGCCCUCGAUGAGCAAGUGGAAAACCACAAAGAGGAUAUCCGUAAUCUCCGAGUGGAGAUGGAAGCAGCUAUGCGCGCCAAAGACGAUGAGACAAGGGGCGAACUUCAAGAAGAGCUCGAGAAGAAGAAGCAGCAGGAAUGCAUGCGCAUCGAGCAAAUCUCUCAGCGUAUGACAGCUGAAUUCGCUUCCGAACGCGCACGCCUUGAGGCUCGAAUCCUGCAGAUGGAAGACGUGCACCAGAAGCACCUCCAGACACUGGAGGGCGUUCAAGGCGAGGUAGCUAGAGUCCUGGCUGAGAAGGAGCAUCACAUUCGCGAGUUGGAGGAAGAACGCAAGGCAAGAGCACGCGAAAGAGAUCGCCGACAUUGCUCACGCCGAAGAAGUCCAGCAAGGGCGAGAGAGGGUAGCGGCACUAGAGACUUCGCAGCAGCGACAGAGCUCCACCAUGGAAGCAGCGGAAAGGGAAUGUCGAGGUCAAGAGCGGGUCAAAGUACUUGAUGCAAUUAUGUCAUCAAUCCUAGCGGUGCUUUACC